AUGCUUGAUAAAGAUGAAGUGAUGUUGGUAAAGGAACCAUUUGGAAUGGUGCUGGUGAUUGCGCCAUGGAAUUUCCCACUACUUACAUCGAUGCCAGCGAUUGCUGCUCUCACAGCAGGGAAUACCGUCGUCCUGAAGGUGUCCGAAUACGCUCCCACAUUUUCUUCCGUAUUUGCCGGACUUGUAAGCGAGUAUUUUGAUAAGGGGCUCUUUGCCGUUGUAGAAGGUGCUAUACCGGAGGCAACAGCUCUACUUGCCGAACGAUUCGAUCACAUCAUGUAUACUGGAAAUCCCACAGUGGCAAGGGUGAUUAUGGCGGCAGCAGCUAAGAACCUCACCCCGGUAACCCUGGAACUCGGUGGAAAGAACCCCGUGGUGGUCGAACCCGAUGCCGACAUUGAGGACGCGGCUAGGAAAAUAAUCGUUUCGAAGAUGUUGAACUGUGGACAGAUUUGUGUAUCAUCGGAUUAUGUACUCACGACGGAAGAGGUGAAGCCAAAACUCGUGGCUGCUCUCGCGAAGUUAUUCGAAGAGAAGGCUCCAUUCAAAGAGAACAAAGAAUUCUCUCGCAUUGUGAACGAGAAACACUUCGACCGACUAUCGGACUUGCUCAAGAACACCAAAGGUCAAAUACUCUACAAGACCAAGGAAGAACCCAGUAGGUCCGAAAAGUUCUUGGCACCGUGCGUGAUCGACGUCAAGAAUGAUGAUGUCUUUAUGCAGGAGGAGAUCUUCGGGCCUAUUCUACCAAUUGUGACAGUGAAGUCGUUUGAUGAAUCAGUCGCAUGGGUUAGAGAUCAUGAGAAACCACUUGGUGCCUACAUCUUCACAAAAGAUCCAGAAAAGGCAAGACGCUUCAUAGUGGAGACUUCCAGUGGCGGUGUAACAGUGAACGAUGUCAUGUCUCACUCGUUUGUGGAUACAUUACCGUUUGGUGGUGUUGGCAACAGCGGUAUUGGCAGAAUCUUUGGCAAGUAUGGAUUCGACAACUUCACCCACGAAAAGCCUGUUCUUAUUAGGAACGGUAUCGGAAAGGAUGUCAUCAAAAAAUUGUAA